AGACUCACGUGCCUGGCCGCCCUGCCCAGGGGCUCCCGCCAGCCCUGGCGGCGCCUUGGUGGCGCGUGGGUGUCAUUGGCAUGUUGACCAACAGCCUCCUGCCCUGCCCAGCUGGAGCUGUGCCCCCAGCUGCACUGCCUGAGGCCUGUGGGUAGGUGGGAGGACCAGGGGCGGGGACAGGGAGAUCUGGGAGCCUUGGCCUCCACCACAGGGUGAGCAGGUGGAGCAGCAGGAGAUGCUGGGCAAGGAGUGUGGCUGGGCCUUCCUGUGCUGCCUUCCUUUCCCUGAAGGGAUUCUGCUCAGGGAGAGAGUCUAGGCGACCUAGUUUCUAGGGGUGGGGACAAGAACAGCCUCACCGGGAUGUGGCUGACCGUCUACCUCCAUCCUAGGGGGCUGGCAGGGGCUUCUGGGAUGGUUUUGGGACAGGCCUGGGGCACCAGAAGGGGCUCAGGCAGGUCUCCCACCCCUUACCCUGGGGGUCUCCACGGGAAUGAAAGCCAAGAGUUCAUCAGGCACCCAGCUUGGUCGAGGGGGCGGGACCCAGCGCAGCCCGGCCCCUCCCUGGACCAGGACCUCAAAUACCGGCCCCUGUCCUGGUGCCAGAGCUGCUGCUGGAGGGAGUCAGUGCAGUCCUGUGUCAGACACGCCCGCAGCCUGGACCCGGGAUCCCCAUUUCCCUAGAACCCCUGAGCCUCGGGCCUCCGCACCCACAUCCAAGGCGGCCGCUUCUGUCCCUCCCAGCCCCUCGCUCCGCGCAAUGAGCGGGCCCCGGGCCCUGCUGGCCGCGCUCUGGGCGCUGGAAGCCGCCAGGGCCACGGCGCUUCGCAUCGGAGCCUUCAACAUCCAGAGCUUCGGCGACAGCAAAGUGUCGGACCCGGCUUGCGGCAGCAUCAUCGCGAAGAUCCUGGCGGGUUAUGACCUCGCGCUGGUGCAGGAGGUGCGAGACCCAGACCUCAGCGCCGUGUCCACGCUCAUGGAGCAGAUCAACAGGGUGUCCGAGCACGAGUACAGCUUUGUUAGCAGCCAGCCCCUGGGCCGGGACCAGUAUAAGGAGAUGUACCUGUUCGUGUACAGGAAGGACGCGGUGGCUGUCGUGGAUACAUACCAGUACCCGGACCCCGAGGACGUCUUCAGCCGCGAGCCCUUCGUGGUCAAGUUCUCGGCCCCCGGCUCAGGUGAGCGGGCCCCGCCCCUCCCCUGCCGCCGGCCCGCCCCUCCCCUUCCGCCGGGACCUGACGCCCGACCCCUUCCUGCAGCAGCGCAGAAGCUGGUGCUGAUCCCGCUGCACGCGGCGCCGCAUCAAGCCGUGGCGGAGAUCGACGCGCUCUACGACGUGUACCUGGACGUGAUCGACAAGUGGGGCACCGACGACUGGGCUGCCAUCCGCCUGAGAAGCAGUGAGGUCUUCAAGUGGCUCAUCCCUGACAGCGCCGACACCACGGUGGGUAACUCAGAUUGCGCCUACGACCGCAUCGUGGCCUGCGGCGCCCGCCUGCGCCGAAGCCUGAAGCCCCAGUCGGCCACUGUGCACGACUUCCAGGAGGAAUUCGGCCUGGACCAGACUCAGGCUCUCGCCAUCAGCGACCACUUUCCGGUGGAGGUGACCCUCAAGUCCCACAGAUGACUCGAGGCCUGGCUAGGGCAUGCCACCUGCAGACCCUGGCCCUGAGGAAUGGCCCCACAGUGGCCCCUUCAGGGUAGCAGCCACCCUUCAGUGAGGCCCCAAGGCAGAGUCGGCUGGGCGUGGACCAGGGGCCAUGGACACGUAAUGGGCUGCCCUGCAACUCCAUUCCCCAUCUGUGAGACGGGCUGCAUCCAGCGACCUCAGGGGGUGUUGUGAGCCCCAUGAGGGGCACAGAGGGCACUGCCUGGCAAAUGUCUGCUCAAUAAAUGAGCCGCUCCCAGCCGGGCCCCACAGCUUGGCUCCCAGGCCUCUGUCCUUCCUAGGGACCUAGCCUCAGCUCCUCAGGGGCAGCCCCGCUUCCCUGAGGAAAUGCAGCUCAGGGAGGCAGGCUCUGGGCCAUGUCCUGGGCUGCCCAUCCCGUGUCCUGGUGGGACUUGGCCACCCCCAGACCCUGUUUGCUCCAGAAGGCAGCUCAGGGACCCUCCUUGCUUAUCCUCUGUGCAAACUACAAAUGCUCUCAGGAGGCUGUACUGUGAGCACAGCUGGGACAGGGAUGGCGCCAACACAUCAGCCUCCUGGGCCCUUGGGGGGUCUCAGAAUAGCUCUCCCCAGGCCCACCCCGCAGCCCCCAUUCCAGGGCCCUGCGGGGAGCCCCCAGGCACUUGUCUCAGGGGCCCGGUCUCACCCAGCACUGCAAGGGGAGACUGGCCCCAGUCAGUCAGCAGUCCUGGAGCUUUUGGGGAGCCUGAGAGCAGUAGGUGGGCUGGACUCCUCCCUGCCGAGGUAGGUGGCUUGGGACUAAGGUCCCAUGCAAAGAACUGCACAGCUCGCUAUGGCUCAGCCCUUCAAGUUUGCUGCCCUGUGCCCUGGGCAAGGCCACCACAUUAGGAUUGGGAACAGGCAGGCCCAUGGGUCCACUGGGUCACUGACGGGAGCCCGAUGAGGUUUCUGGUUUUUGAAACAUCACAUCUUAGCAAGGUGUGGGAACUUGGUCUGAAUUGCAUGGGAGGAAAAACCUUUGUUUCAAGGAUUUGGAUGAGUUUGGUUCUUGCAAAAUCCUUCUUAAGGGGCAUUUGGAACCCUGGCAGCACAGCUGCCUCCAGAGUCCCACUCCCGCCGGCUCAGGAUCCCCCAGUUGCUCUGAUUGACCGUCCACUCCCUUCAUCCUGAUGAGUAAGGGCAGUGGCCAAAAGGCUUUUCUCUGGGGAGUCCUGUGUGGGUCAUGGGGGCCAAGACCACCUGGCCUCACACCUAAGAGCAGGCAGUCCAAAGCCGGAAUGGACGACCAGGGACUUGAUUUACGAUUCUGCCUUGGGAACGGAGACAUUCAGUGGCGACCUCACCAGGUCCAGAAUGGCGCCCCCUGCCAGUCAUAAUCCCAAGUCAAAAGGCUGCCCUCAACUCCCCUUGCCUGCUGG